UUUUUUAUUCAAAUACUGUAUUGUUUUGCUUGAUUGAUUUGAAGGAAGCGAAUAAUUUUUGAAACUAAACGUCAACAUCUACCAUGAAAAGAACAAGAAUAGUACGCAUAUUGUGCAUUUUUCUUAUUAGCUUGAUUUUUUAUUUGAUUUGCAAACGAAUAUUCCUGAAGAAUAUUGAGUCGUGUUAUAAAAAUGUGCAUGUAUUCUCUGCAGUAGCACAAGCAAAGACAAAGUUAAGUUUUAUAGAAAACAUUGUUCUUAACGUUCUCGAUGGCUCUAAAUAUUCCAGUUGUGACUGUUGCAUAUAUGGAGACCAGGGAACACCAGUUCAUCGUGUAAAUGCCGUCGUGAAAGAGACAUACACGCAUAACAGUAAAAUGGCUGACUUGAUAGCAAGACAGUUUCAAUGUUCUGUACAAAAUAUUGGUUUUAGGAUGGUAAAUAUACAAUUAGUAGGAAAAAAGGAAUCGUGUAGUAUUCCUUAUAAUCUUCAUCCAGUGUUAUAUCCAGAGAUAAAAGAAACUGGAUUCGGCAUAUGUGCGAAAAUAGCUUAUAAUUAUCUAAAUCCAUUACACCUUAUUGAAUGGUUCGAAUAUCAGAAAAUGAUGGGUGUAGAUAUGGUUCUUAUAUCUCUACAAACCUUAAACAAAGAUGCUUAUAAAGUGUUGAGAUAUUAUGAAAGAGAAGGGAUUACAAAACUCAUUUCUUUUCCAAAUGAUAUGCCCGGGAAAUUAGAUAGAGGAUUUACAUUGCAACACUGGCAUUACCAUCAAAGUUCUCAUGAUGAACAGGUGGCAGUUUAUUCGUGUAAAGAAUUUUUACAGGGAUUCGCUUUUGUGGCGAUCAUAGAUUUUGACGAAAUCAUCGUUAACGAUAAAUUUUCAGAAUACACAAAAAUACUACUGUCAGAGAUCUUACCGUCUUAUCCGGAUGCUGCUGCUUUCACACUGAAUGUGUCAUUCUUUAUAACAGACUGGGGAGUAUCAGGAGUAGAACCUUUGAUAACCAGUAAAUACAUAAGAAGAACAUAUCCUCUUCCAUAUCGAUAUAAAAAUAUUUAUUUGCCAAACAGAACAGAAUCAAUUGAUACUCAUCGAAUAUGGUCAAAGAGUGGAUAUAGAAGGAUCUCACUACAAUCUCACAAUGUUAUCCUACAUCACUACAGAGAUUGCAAUAAAUUGGACAUGUUUCCGGGUGACUGCAUGUCAUUUCCAAAAUAUACAGAUACUAAAAUGAUUAAAAUAAUGCCAAAAUUAUAUGACAGAGUAGUUGCUGCUAAAAAGAGAUGUAAAAUAUAAUUUUUUUUUAUGCAUUUCAUAGGAUGGAGGGUAUUAAACGUUAACCUGGAUUUUUUUUUGUUAUGCUACAAGUAAUCAUCUUCAUCAACACUCGUUUCCAAGGCAGAAAAAGACAUGUUUUCCAGUCGAUUCGGUGGUUGAUAUAGUCGGGGUUUGAACUUGUCAUGUUUUAUGGAAUUCCCUUUCUGAAUUUACCUUGAAAUUCGGUAUUUUUGUAAAUACAUUUUUUACAUAAACGUACAAUUGACGACGUAUAUCAAUUAAUUAGUACAUUUUGCGAAAAAUAAUAUACAUGACAUAUGGCGAACGAGAAAUACAAUGUCAGAAAUAUUCUCGUGGCAUCUAAGCGUAUAAAAUUUUGCAGAACUGAUUUUUAUCUUUAUUCGUGUUUUUCAGUUUUUACAAACAUCUAUUUGAUCCAUAAUGUUCAGUCCUAAUAUGGAAUAUAUUGAUCUGAAAGCGAGAACCCCGACAUCGUUGAGACUGCGCACUAAUGUUUUGCUAACAGUUGGAAGACUCGAUAUCCUUUCCACACCCACGACUCGAGACGAAGCCAUAAACAAGGAAGACUUAUCGGAAUCUUCAGACAUAUCGGAUGAAGACAAGUCAGAUGGAGAAAGCUUUGACCCCAUGAAUGACGGAGAGGAUCUUAAAGCUUGUCAGACAUGUGGGCUGGUCUUUGUCUACCUCCGAGGCUUUAACGAACACAUACAAAAAGGUGGGAUCAACAAAUCAAUCGAACUUCCAAUGUCGGGAAGGCACUCGAAAAUGUCUUGAACGGCGUGUCUGUCACCGUUGUCUGUGCAGACGACUUACCAGCAUACGUGAUGGAUAGACCCAAAACGUUUGUUGUCUAUACGGACAAUUGUGACAAAAAUGGGAGUCAUUGGGUUGCCUUUCAUUUUCCGGCAUCGGAUACAGCCGAAUUUUUAGAUUCCCUGGGACAACCACCAGAGAUGUAUCAACGAAGUUUUAGAAACGUCUUGAUUGCAAACGGACCACAAUACUGUUAUUCCCCUUGUCCGAUACAACCCAGUGAUUCGGAAACGUGUUGACUGUAUUGUGCUUAUUACGUAAAAAAGCGAUGUCGAGGUGUUGAUAUGUCGGAUAUUAUGAAGGACUUUUCGACAGAUGACUUGCAGGACAACGAUAGAAAAAGCAUUGCUCAGUUUCAAUAAAAAAAAAAAAACACGGAUACAUGUGUAGUGCCUCAUUAAAAUAAAGAAAAAGAAGACAGAAAUAAUAAAAUGACAAAAGAAAAGUCUUAAACCGCCUACACUUAAAUGUAGGAGGUCUCAAGUGUUGAAUCAAAUCUUACUUAAAUCUGAAAGCGAGAGAUAGAUUUUGCAGUUCUAUAGAUGUAAAGAUCGAUAUAAAAUUGAUAUGGAUGGUUUAUAAUAAUUAACUUAUGACAGUAUCAGAUGUUAUGCAUACACGUUUGAUUUAUUCUGUAUAAGAAUUUGAUUGAUUGAUUUUGUAAGUCCAUGACAUAUAUUAGAAUAUGUUUUAAUCCUAUCAAUUUAUUUGAAUUGAUUAAACACGAUUUAACUCGAUAGAUGGAUACAUUGAUUGAUUUUUUAAGGCCAGUGACAUAUAUUAGAAUAUGUUUUAAUCCUAUCAAUUUAUUUGAAUUGAUUAAACACGAUUUAACUCGAGA